AUGUGGAAUGUUGCUGACAGCUCAAACAACUACGUCACAUCCGACGACCGCCGCGCGCGCGGCACCAAGUGUAUCGCGGGUUACUGUUAUCUAAACAAACCAAUUUGGGUGAUGGUGCGAUAGAAACAAACUGUGGUUGAAAAGGCGCUGUUAAGUUUCUGUAAGGUGUUGGGAUGACAAGAAAACUAUGUAAAGACAGAAAAGCUUUGUUGUAGUUGUACAAGAGUUAUGAAACAGUUUGAAAACGGUAUUGGAUAGUGUAUGAGCUUGGUGAUUGGAUAAGGAGAAUAAAUACUGUUGAAACAUUUCCUUGUGUCUAACAUAAAUCAACAUUAGUCCAUUUCUAUUCACAUUCGGUUUUUUUGGGGGUCCUAUCUGAUCAUGUGCGUUUUAAUAGGAGAUCUUUUGUCUUUAACUGUUUCGUUAAAUCGAACCCGAAGUUGACACUGUUGAAGUGGAUUUUACAAUCUUUUGCAAAGUCCGACUAUAAGUCAUGAGCCCAAAUCAUGGACGCACAUAGAUGGGUGGAUAUCUCCACAGAGUUCCUGUUCCUUUCGGCAUUGCAAAUCGGUUGAUAACGCGUGUAGGAUUUAUCAUGUCUCAGUCUUAUGAAAACUGAGUUCAGGGUAAAAGUUUCACACUUUCUGGAAGCCGAAAUAAAGAGAACGUUGAUAAAAGAGACGGGGAAAAUGAUAGGCUGAUCGGCCACUUUAAAGUUAUAUUCGUGACUAGCAUUUAUAGCUAAACCACCACUUACAUGAAAGAGGUAUGCAUAGUAUUUCAUUUAUCGCCCAAUCAGUGCCUGGCAACUUUUUGGGCAGAGGCCCAUAUGUGUUACGAGUUUUGAGUAACGGUGAAAAUGAAGGACAUUCUACCAAAUGCUUUAUUUCAUGCAUAAGGCUAGUGGUUAUUGUCUUGUAUUGUGACAUUUUAAACACAGUUUUUACUGUUAACGGUUUCCUAUUAAGGUAUAUUUGAAAUUUUGUCAAAAAAUUUGGUGUGUCUAAGUAAACUUCUCCUCAGAAAAGUUUCUUUUGUACAUGUGAAUGUAAGCGAGUACAUGAAAGCACUGACAUGAAAAAUAAUGCAUUCGUAUCCACGGGUCGUAAGUUUUGGGUUCCCUGUGCAGAAAACCCGCUGUCCUUAACUCAUGGCAAGAGGUCGCCAUAGGCGUCGCUGUUUUGUGAGAUAGAGACCCAGCGGAUUGAAGCCUACAACUCCGUAAGCAAAUGCCUCCUCAGUAUACAAGAGUAUUGUUACAGAGGAAGAAGUUUCCAAGUCAUUUGCGCAGAUUUUCCCAUUAUUAAUCGUUGAAGAAGAGUUCGAUAUCUAUCGUGAAAAGUUCGAAAACUGAAAAAGAUAAUUUGGAUGUGACUCCCCCACGGAACUUUUCCACUCGCGUUAACUUCCAAUUUUGCCCGCACGUACGACAACAUCAAGCCUCAACAAGUCACCAGGCAAUAUGUGUUUACCACUUAAAUCUCUCAAACUACGUGAUUAGCAAUGAAUUGUUUUUCCCGGGCCAUGCUGGGCUGUCAAGCCUCUGCAAAGUCCUCUUUGUCGUUCUGUCAUGAGCGUUUGGCAAGAAUCAGUGGAUGUUUCAGAUGUCUAUAAUCAUUCAGUGAAACUGUAGAAAUAAAAGGAAAGCAAAACGCUCAGUCCACUGAAACUGGACUUCUUAAUAAUCUCAAUUGGGAUGAUAAUGUACACUCUAAGCAUUCACCGGAAAUAUUAUAACAGGUGUGGUUGAUGAUGAUGAUGAUGAAAACUUUAUUUAAAACACGGUAAAAAUAUCAGUAUGACAAUAGAAAACAAAGGAGAAACUUAUCUUAAGUAAAUUUUCUAUUAACUGGUUUACAUAUUUGCCGUGUGGGAGUCCGAUACAGAGAGCCAUUUAUCAAUUCUUCUCUUGAAGUUGCGUAGAGAUUUUGUAGUGCGGAUAUCCUCGGGAAGAUCGUUCCAAAGAGAAGUUCCGCUAUAACUGAAGCUACGCCUCAGGUAGUCAGUUCUUGGUUUCAGCAAGUACAAUUUUUGACUUGCGUCACGAAGAUCAAAGGGAAGAGUUCUCGGAGUGAACAUGUUACAAAGAUAAUUUGGGGCGAGCUUAUUAACGCAUUUGUACAUUAAAUUUGCCUUUUUGGUUAAAGCUAGCGUGCAAAAAUGUUCUUUGUCCUUAGCCUCAACUCGUUCCUAAUGUAGGGUCCUUCGUCUUCCCGAGCCAGUUAAGGAGAUAUAGGGAAUGACAUGGGGUUUGAACUUAUCCUGGUCUUAAUCUUCGAGGACAAUUUCGGAAACUGCAAAAGGAACUCACAGCAGUGUAAACGCACGCACCGUACACACACGCAAACCGAGAAAACAAACGUUUCAAAAAUUUGCUAAAUACAUUAGUCGCUAUGUUUACGCAUAGAACAAAAAUAAUACCACGCCCCUUUCAAACAAUGUCAGUGGGCAAAAACAGUCAAGAUCUAUUUCCUUUCAAAUGUGAUCUAUUGCCCUUUGAGGGUAAUUUAAUCUUAUUUAUCCUUAUUAUCGGUUAUUUAUUUGAAAUCUGAAGACAGCCAAAGAUGUUUUACUGGCAACUCAGUCAUUGUAUGGCAUGAUUGGCAUGAGGGGCAAUACCCUGACACUGUGAUUGGUGCAAGAAUACACUAAUGCGGCUUUCUGAUUGGUGCAAGAAUACACCAAUGCGGCAAUCUGAUUAAAACGAGCAACAUACCACUCUGUGGGGAAAAAAACCCUCAAAGAAGGAGGAAGCGGGGAAGAAAUCUCUGAAUCCAGUUGAUCACACAAAUGCAACCCAAACUAAUUAAAGGCCAAAAGCGACGGAAGAAAAGAUCUGGGUUGAGUUAACAAAAUGGCGGCCGCGCCGAUGUAUCUGUGAAACCGACUUCAAGGAAAUCUCUAAAGCUAAAAAAUUAUGCUGCGAGGAGAAACUCUAGAGAGUAGCGAUAGAAGAAAAUUAACCUUUUUCAACGGGAAUUAUGUUCACUUGUCAAGUUACAGAAAUGUUUGGGCUCCACAAUAAACCGUGAUCUGAAGCCGCCAUCCUCGAAUUGGAAUAGAUGAGCCAAUUAUAAGAGUUCAAGAACGAAAGUCACCAGUAAGCAGCUAUUUAAAAAGUGGUGCGAGGCGUUUCUAUGCUUUAAGAGCCUCGCGCGCAACGAAGACUCAUUAAUUCUAAAAAGACUGAUGCCGGCAGAUCGAUUCUAAAUGAACCAGCGUGACCUGUACGUCACGCUAUCCUUAUCAAAAACUGUCUUAUAGCAUAAAUUAUUGUAUUCCUUCAGUGACACCGGGGAUAUGAGCUCUGCAUAUAUUUAUACAAACAAUAAUGUAUAUCGUGUGUUUUUGUGAAAUACACUGACGGAACGAAAUUGGCUUUGGUAGAUAUCGCCAGUCAAAUACGCCAUUCAAAAGGAAAGGUUUGGUGUAUGAAAGGCGAAAAGCAAAAAAUCCACACAAAGAAAAAAGAUCAUAACAAAUUGUCUGAACCGCUCUCAUGCCUUUUUUUCUCGUUCUGAUGAAAUGCAAAUAUUCAACUAACUUUGCAUUAAAAUGGUCACGUCUUGAAACUCUGUUUUUAUUCCGAAGAAACUUUCAGGAAAAGAAGAGGAAGCCAAGAUGUUCCGAUUAUUAUUUGCACUAAGCUUCGUUUUUAUCCUGAGUACCUUUGCAGUCUCAAAGAACCAAUUUGUCAGUGGGAAUUUUUUGUCAGUAAAUACCAAGACAUAUCGUCUCUUUGUAGAUGAAUAAACGUUCUUAAAUAUUCAUGCUGAACGCUACACAGUUUAGAGUCGUACCACGUUGUUCGAGCUAGAUCUCCCUUUUUUUUUCAGGGUUCGAAGAAUGGAACACAGCAAAGUCAGUGCGGAAAGUCCGUUUCGAAGGACAGUUGUUCCUGCCGCGACGGUAUGAACUUAUCACAACUUGCUGAGUUUGAUAUUUUGCCCAAAUGGAAUUUGCAAUUUCUUGAUAUUUUAUGUUUUCUUUUACAUUAACGACCCUUUUUCACCCUUGUUUUUUCAGGCAGAGACGGCAGAGAUGGCCAAAACGGUAUGGAAUAACUAACAAAAGUCUUGGAUAGUUAAGUCGCACUUUAAAGGGUUUUUUUUUGUAAUAAACACUGAAUCACUUUAACACCUAUAAUUGGGUGAGAGUGUUCUGCCAGCAAUGUAUAGUUAAGAACAAAGUGUGCUUGUAGACGAUUACGUUUCUGCGAAAGGAUAGUUGAAAUACUAAAAUGUCUCUCGAAAAUAUCUUUUGCUUCAUGAAAUUCCCUCACAGCAAAUAUUUAUUUGUCUUUGAUUGAAGGAAAAGAUGGCCGCGAUGGACGCGACGGGAAGAUAGGAACAAAGGUUGGUGUGAAGAAAUGAACAAAGUACUGAAGGACAAACGCCACAAGCGAAAACGGAAGAAAAGAAAAGAAAGAUGUAGAGGAUGUUCUUUCAAAUCACAAACCGCUCUCAAACUAAGGGAAUAUUGUUUAAAGAAUUCUGAAUUAAAUAACCGCGUUGGAGUUGAAUCAUAUGUAUAUUUUGGGCAAAUUUACCGAUGAGCUAAAUUUUAAUUGUACAGACUGGAACACAGACUCAUCGCGAGUUACAAAGAUUGCUGAGUAUUACAAAUAAAAAUCCUGAAUAUUUUGACGAUUCUCUGUCCUCAUGUCGUAUGAUUUUCUUCAGAUCAAAGACGACAGUAAGUGAAAGCGUCUAAAACUUCAAACUUUCUUAAAGCGGCACCUAUUGUAUGUAGGGUAUUCAAAAGCUACUUUUUUAAAAUUUUAUUUCAGGGUGAGAAAAGCGACCUCACUUGAUUUUUAUCACCAAAGCUCGCAAUCUUUUUGUAUUAUUGACUAGUAAUUAUCAUCUCAGUCACAAGCUUUAACGAAAAGUUUCUUCUUUUCAGGGAGACAGAGGAGAACGAGGACCGACGGGAAACGAUGGAAUGAACGGUUUAAAGGUUGGUGUUAAAAUUUCUUACCAACUUAACUUCAAAACCACAAAAAAGGCAAAUAAUAAAACUUAUUCAUGGAAGCAACAACAAUUAUGAUUGUGAUGUAAUAUUUCUUUUUGAAUAUUAUACUUAGGGAGUCAAAGGAGAGCAGGGCUUUCCUGGGAAAGAUGGAAUAAAUGGAACAAAGGUCGGUCGAUGAUUUUUCCUAAGAAACCUCACUUCGAGUUUUUAAGGUUUUUUAUGAAAAUCUAACUUAACUUAUCUGCCAAACAACAAAACAGUAAAAGAAAAAAAAAGGAGAAAGAAGGAAAAAAAGCAGUCCCCUUGUUAAGGGAAGUUAUUAGGCAUUAAAGAAAAAAAAACCUCACUUGGUAAACCGUGGCCAUUUGAAAGCAUUAUCACCGACUUAGGUGAAAGUAAAAUUCUGUACCUACUGUCGCAACUCUACCACAGAGUUCUCUGGCCAUUGCUCAAAUAUCUUCCGCAUCGAUUUGUAAGAUGUACUUUGUUUUUAAUUUUUAAUCAUGAGACACUUUUAAUUUCUAUUUUUUCAGGGUCAAAAAGGCGAAACCGGUCCGGCGGGUAAAUCACCUCAAGGUGCCGUCAAGUUUGGUGACACCGCUGAGAAAUGUACUCUGCGAACUUCUGGCACGGUUCGUUACAAUGUCUCCCAAAAAGCCUUACAACUCUGCGAUGGAAGUGCUUGGUUGCCAUUGGUAAUCGGAGGGAAAGGUCACGUGGCCAAUAGACCUGGCCUUCACUGUAUGGAUAUCCUAAAAUCAGGUGAGAUUAUUGUUUUUUAAAGGUUUGAAAAAUGCUUGAGCUAAAAAAAACCCAAAUCAUCUUAAUGCUCUGUUUAAGGUGGCAGUCGUGAUAGCGGACUGUACUGGAUCGAUCCAAACGGAGGCUCGACGGGUGACUCGUUCCAGGCUUUUUGCGACAUGGAGACUGAGGGUGGAGGUUGGACACUAGUAGCCACAAAGGUGUCACCAAGCUUCCUAAUCAUCAAAACAGCAUUCUCAUUGUCAGCGGCAAAAACCACAGACGCCGAUGCAGCGAGUCACAUCCACCCGAACAUGGGGGACUGGGAGGAGGUCAUGUUCCGGUUCAAUGACGUCAAUACCAUCCGGGUUAUUUACAACAGGAAGGCGAGCGCUCCAAACAAGGACAAAACAGACUUCGACAAGUUCUUAAUGGGGAAAACUUACAAUACGAUCAGGAACAUCCACGGGUUUUACAAGUACAGCCCGGCAGAUCACAAUAAGAGGAAUCCCUCUUCUGGUUUUGCCACAAUAUCUAGGCUGUUCUUCUAUUCAAAAGACGGAAUAUCUGAAUAUCAUGGAGGCACAGACAAGUGGAUUGACAUGUGGAAAGUUGCUGAGGGCUCAAACAACUACGUCACUUCCGACGACCGCCGCGCGCGUGGUACCAAGUGUAUCGCGGGUUACUGUUAUCUGAACAAACCAAUCUGGGUGAUGGUGCGAUAG